CCAGCAUGCCUUGUGGCUUCUCUUCUCGUAUUCGCGUACAGCAGCCAGGUUUGUGACAGGACUCAGAUUCUUAACGUCGUUAAACCAGUUUAAACUUGUUUCUGUCGCUUUGUUUCACGAUGUAGCUUCAACUUCUGACAACAAGACUUCUUUAUAAAAGUCAAGUCAGCUCACGUGACGCUUCACUUGUCGUUUGAGUGACAUGAACAACUAUGAGGUCAUCCGUCAGAUUGGAGAGGGUGCGUUUGGAAAAGCCUUCUUGGUUCAGGAUAAAGGGUCGGGUGGAGACAGGCAGUGUGUGGUCAAACAGGUCCACCUGAGACAGAUGUCGGCACGGGAAAAAGAAGCAUCCACAAAAGAAGUGACGCUGCUGUCCAAGAUGAAACACCCCAACAUCGUCACCUUUAUCACCUCGUUCCAGGAGAGGGGGAGCCUGUAUAUAGUGAUGGAGUACUGUGACGGAGGAGAUCUGAUGAAGAAGAUCAACCUGCAGAGAGGAGUCCACUUCACCGAGGAGCAGAUCGUCGGCUGGUUCGUUCAGAUCUGUUUGGGUCUCAAACACAUCCACGACAGGAAGAUCCUCCACAGAGACAUCAAAGCUCAGAAUAUCUUCCUCACCAGCGGAGGGAUGAAAGUGAAGCUGGGAGACUUUGGAAUCGCAAGAAUGUUGAAUAACACCAUGGAGCUGGCCAGAACCUGUGUGGGGACACCUUACUACCUGUCUCCAGAGAUCUGUGAGAGUCGACCCUACAACAACAAGACGGAUAUCUGGUCUCUGGGCUGUGUCCUGUAUGAACUCUGCACCCUGAGGCAUCCAUUUGAGGGCAGCAGUCUGCGGCAGCUGGUCAGUAAGAUCUGCAGGGGGCGCUACAACCCAGUCUCCACCCGCUACUCCUACGAGCUUCGUCUGCUGCUGUCACAGCUCUUCAAGGUGAACCCUCGGGACCGUCCCUCGGUCAGCUCCGUCCUCAGACGUCCUGUCCUGGAGAAACACAUCAGGAAACACCUGGACACACAGGUCAUGCAGCAGGAGGUGAACCACACAGCGCUUCACAGAAGCAGAGCAGCAGUUAUACCAGGAGCAGCAGAGAAGAAGUCCGGACCAGCAGAGAGACCAGCGGCUGCUGUGAGGAGACCAGCUGCUAAACCAGACUGGAGGGUCCCCAGAGUCCACACACCUGCCCUGUAUCAACCUGUCCAUCAGAGAGCAGGACGAGCUGCAGACAGAGACAUCACAGGUCAGAACCACAGGUUUGAUGGUGAGCAGCUCGUCAGUCAUUACCAGCACUACUAUGCCCAGUUGGACGCCUUUCAGUGGAGGAACAAGGACGUCCUUCAUCCUCCUCCUGCUCCUCCUGCUCCUCCUGCUCCUCAGGAGCCAUGUGAAGAGCCUGCUGUGGAACCACACCAGCUUGUGGCUGCAGCUCGUAAUGAAUACUUGCAGAGGAGACAUGAGGCCAACCAGUACAAACUGAGAGCAGAGAAACAGCUGGGUCUGCGUCCAUGUACAGCUGAACGCAUCAGGACACAGGAAGUGAGACCUUCUGAACGCCAACACACUCUUCAGGACAGGAGACAGGACGGACAGCAGGAGUACCUCCGUCAGCUGGAUCUGAUCAGACAUCAGUAUCAUGAGGAGAUGAGACAGAUGAAGCAGAGAGCUGAAGCUCAGGUUGAGCCACAAAACAAACAAGGAACCUUUGUGGUGGAGAAAAGCAGAGAGCCUGAGGAGCAGCACAGAGACACACCUGCACAGGAAGUUGAAGCAGCUCUGAAGCAGAUCAGAGAUCAGAGGAGAGAGCUGAAGAGAAAACACAGAGACCAGAAGGGAAUCAUGUUUGAGAUCCGGUUAGAUGAUGGAAGGAUGAAAAACAACACAGAGGAGGAGGAAGAGGAGAGAAGAGAGGAGGAAGAGGAGGACGAGGAAGAGGAGGAGGGGAAGGACGUGGACCCUCUGAACCAGACUCUGAGCUUCCAGGAGGGGGAGGAGUUGAAGCUCAAGGAUUGGUCAGAGUUGCAUAGGAGGUGGAGCCAGAGGACUCCUCAGACACUGAUGGAUGCACUCGCCAAAAUGGACAUCAACUCCAUCCACAACACGGCGAUGGAGGCUGAACAAGGUGAGGAGGCAGCAGCUCACAGACAGUGGGGCCACGCCCCCCCCAACACUCUGCUGAAUGCUCUCCACCAGGCUGAACUCACCUCAACUGUGGACUCUGCAGGUGAACACAGACUGAACACAGAUUUACAGCCAGAGAAGGAGGAGGACUCUGAUGUGGAGAUGGAUGAAAAGCGUCUGGAGCCGAGGUCUGACGAUGACGACACGAACUUUGAGGAGUCGGAGGAUGAGCUGAGAGAAGCGGUGGCAGACUCCAUGAAGAACCUGUUUGUCCUGGAGGACAGCAGCUCAGAGGAGAGAGUGGAGGAGGAGGAGGAGGAGGAGGAGGAGGAGGAGGAGGAGGAGGAGGAGGAGGAGGAGGAGGAGGACAGAGGUCACCAGAUGAAGACUGAGGUGGAGGACUCAGACGUCACUGCUGGAGCGACUACACUCAUUUCCUCUGAAGAAGGUGAAGAUAACAUGCCUGUAACUACAAAGAAACGUCCUGAGUCUCACAAACAUCCCGCAGAAUAACUGACUCCGAACUCUUUAAGCUGAACAGUCGGUCUGCACUGACAGUUGUUCUCUAACAGGAUGUCAAGAAGUUUCCUUUGUGCAAACAAGAGAAACUUCUGCUGUCAACAGUUCUUAAAUCAAAGGUCCUGUGCAUCAUCACUAAUGAGCAGAACCUUCAUCAACAUGCAGAACACAGACAGUGGAUACUGGCUCUUCUGGUCUUUUCACAAGAUUUAAUGACAAUAAGAAAAAUACAGAAUAUCCUUUAUUUCCUUACACAAUAUCUUCAGUGCAGCUCUGAUUUCUGAUUAUAAUUCUUUCCUUCACUGUCAGAAGACAGAUUGUUUCCUCUGUCAGUGUUUUUUUUCCUGUCAGAAGAAGUCACUCGACAUGUUUGAUGAUUGUAUUUAUUGCAGUAUUGUUGAGUUCCUCUACAUUAACAGACCUAAAUAUUAAUAAUGUAUUUUAAAAUAAAGAUUCUUUGAUAUUUUG